AUGGUGCUAGAGUUCCGCGAGAUACACGGGCGGCAUACGGGCAAGGAGAUGGCUAGGGUGGUCGAGGAGAUGGUGGUGCAGUGGGGGUUGGAAGAGCGUUGUCUUGGAUUCACCUCUGACAACGCCUCUAGCAACACAGCCGCUUUCAGGCGGAUGUCGGAGGAGGGUGGUGGUCUGUGCUUCUUCAACUCGCGCAUGCACUUCCGUUGCUUGGCACACGUGAUCAACCUUGCAGUGAAGGCAGCUCUAGCAGUGGCUGCCAUCCGCAAGUUGUUGAAGGUGCUAAGAGAGAUGGCGUCGUGGAUUGGCUUCUCGCCGCAGCGCUCAGGGAAGUUCUUGGGCCUUCAGCGGACCUUGAACGCGCAGGCUAACCCCCCGAAACCGAAGCAGGCGUUGAAGCUGGUUUCGGACAGUCCUACGCGCUGGGGGUCGACCCACGACAUGCUCGAGCGUGCAGGGGUUCUCCAGGAACCCAUCACUGUCUUCUUUGCCCAGACACAGGGCUUGUCGAAGGCAGACAAGGCAAAGGUGGAGAGCCUCAAGCCGACGGACGCAGACUGGGAGACUCUGCAUGCUGUCAAGACGUUCCUCAGUCUAUUCGCCAAAGUCUCAAAGGCGGCGGAGGGAGCGGCGUACCCUACAGUGGCGAUGGUUCUGCCGUACUACAACGGCCUCAUCGACGCUAUGGAGUCGCGCCUCGCCAAGGGGCCAUCGGCGACGCUGAAGCCGAUGAUUGAGGCGGCGCUGGGUCUCUUGAAGAAGUAUGAGCUGAUGUCCAGCAACGAGUUGUGGAUCGCCACCUUCCUGGACCCUUCCAUGAAGGCGGCAUGGUUCGACGACCCGCACUGGGAGACGCUGCAUCCCGAGACAGACCGGAGGUCGAGGCCGCGUCCCUCAUCAGGCGAGGUGAUCCAGCUGGUACGCGACCGCGUGACCGAGUACCAGGCCCGGGCUGCGGCUCUUGCACCUAGACCGACCCCACUUGCCCUCGUGACGGAGGAGGGGGAGGGGGACGCGGCGGAUGACGACGAAGACGCGGAGUUUCUCCCUAGUCGCCGACGACUUGCGGCGCGUCUGUCAGCGAGCCAGGCGGCGGGGAGGGGUGGGAUGGUGCAGGAUGACGAGGUUGGUAGGUAUCUAUCUGAGAGGGUGCGGUGCGACGUGUCAGCGUUGGAGUACUGGCGCACCGCCACCAACAUGCAGACGCUGCGCCGCAUGGCCCGGGAUUAUCUCGCCAUCCCUGCCACGUCCGCCUCGAGCGAGCGCGUGUUUUCCCUUGGCCGCAACCUCAUUUCCUGGAAGCGGCACCGCCUGGCCUCCCAGAGGACGCGAGCUGUCAUGAUUCUCAGGUCAUGGUACAGCUCACACCCUGGACAGAGGAUAGGCGAGGGCCGCCGAGCAAAGGGCGUCGCACCACCAGAGUUCGCCAUUGAAGGCGAGGGGGAGGAGGAGGAGGACGAGGAGGAGGAGGAGGAGGAGGGGGAGGAGGAGCAGGAGGGUGUGGGUGUUGACGACACCGUUGGCGGGGAGCAUGCUGUUGUUGGUAGUAGCAGUGGUGCUCAGGUGUAG